CGCGUUUCAGAAAUGCUCCUUCACUAAUCACUUGUCAUGCUUCAUCCCCAUCCACUGUGAAGGCGAUGACUUCUCCGCUCAUCACGUAUUCAGAGAUGGGAUGAGUUUCAGAUCACGCAAUAUACGGGGUGUCACGCCUCAUGACCUGUAUGAGAAUGGCGCGAGUAAAUCUGAAGGACGAGUGGGCGCGGUGCGAAGACGAGUUGUCCAUUCCGUUAUUAUCCAUAGAUGAGAUGGCAGACGACAAAGUACCGCUUCUGUCUCAUGUAGUUGGGGAUGGUUCGGAUUCAGAGAGCAGCUCUGUACAGCUCGAUGAGCUGAAGAACGUACCAUGGUGGUCAUAUGUCUGGGACUACGACCCAACAAGAACAAAAUCAGAGCGCAAAUUCCUCCAUAAACUUGACGUCUCCCUCCUAACCAUCCUCUCCCUCGGCUACUUCAUCAAAAACCUCGACCAAACAAACAUCUCCAAUGCCUACGUCUCCGGCAUGAAAGAAGCCCUCCAAAUGAAUUCCAACGAACUGAUCCUCAUAGACGUAGCCUGGACAACUGGCUAUGUCAUCGGGCAACUCCCCUCCCAGUUCAUACUCGCCAAAGUCCGGCCCUCAAUUUGGAUCCCUUCUUGCGAACUAGUCUGGACACUCCUAACCUUCUCCCUCGCUGCAGCAAACUCUUCCACCCAGGUCAUCGCCAUCCGCUUCCUUGUCGGCCUCGUCGAAUCUAUCUUCUACCCCGCCGCGCAAUUCCUCCUCGGCUCCUGGUACACUCCGUCUGAACUCGGCAAACGCGCCUGCAUUUUCCACGCCUCCUCUGCGGUUGCAGGCAUGUUCUCGGGAUACCUGCAAGCCGCUGUGUAUAGGGGAAUGAACGGCACGCUGGGGAAGGAGGGCUGGCAAUGGCUAUUCAUUAUGGAUGGCAUUAUUAGUUUGCCGAUCUGUAUUUCUGGCUAUUUCAUGAUCCCGGAUUUACCAGAGAACACUCGUGCGUUCUAUCUUACGGAGAGUGAUGCUGUGAGAGCGAGGAAGAGGAUGGCUGAUGUGGGGAGGGCGCCAAGGGGAAGGUUGACCUGGAGCGGGGUGGGAAGGGUGUUCAGCGGGUGGAGGAUCGGGGCACUAACGGGAUUGUAUGUGGCAUUUGUUAAUACAGGUCCGGGUGGGAGUGUGAGUCCGUUGGCACUGUUGUUGAAGGAGAGGGGGUGGAGCGUUAGUUGGGUGAAUAUAAUUCCUACCGGUCAGAGCGCAGUUCAGCUCGUGACGACAAUCGGCUUUGCAAUACUCAGCGAUUACCUCCGCAAUCGACCUCUGGUAAUGGGUCUAUCUGCUGUAUGUCCCUGUCACUCCCUAUACUCCUCCUGAAGCUCAGCCCGGCUAACCUUCCAUUUCCUCUCAAAAGUCCCUAGGAAUCAUCUCCUACACUCUCCUCUCCAUCUGGACCAUUCCACUUCCCCUCCUCUACACCUCCUUCUUCGUCGUCCGGGCCGCCGUCGCAUUUGGACCUCUCGCCAUGUCAUGGGCGAACGAGAUCUGUGCAUCUGACGCGGAAGAACGUGCUAUUGUACUGGGUGUGAUGAAUGCGUGUGCGUAUGCGGUGAAUGCUUGGUUGCCGAUGUGGACGUAUCCUGUGAGCGAAGGCCCGAGGUUUAAGAGAGGCUUCAGAUGGAGUGUGUUUGCGUUGUGCUUGGAGGUGGGGAUUACGGGGGUGGUCUGGUGGGUUUGGAGGGAAGAGGCGAGGAGAAAAAGACGAAGAGUAGUGUGAAGAGUCAGAAGAGUGGAUGAUGAUGUAUCGAGACAAUUAUGCAC